AUGGUGGCUACAGAGAACUGCACGGACGUUUGGGGCACAUGCGAGCCCAGGUUGUGGUUCAAUGGCAAGCUCCUAUCGAAUGCUCCUUCGUUGAGCUCUCCUUGGCCCUUGUGUGGAGGAGGGGUCAUCGGAAAAGACGCGCGCAAUAAGCUGCUCGCUAACUCGGAAAAGCACGGCAAGUUUGCUCGUGCCAGAUUUGCCGUUGACGAGCUGAUUGACAAAGUCGCCGCGGAUGUCCUCAAGAAGCUUGCUGAGGACAAGGCGGCCACCUUCCGUGAUAUCAUUCAGGUUGCAAAUAGCUUCUCCCCGCCAGUGGCAUUGAGCUCCAAAUGUCGUCCUGACGCUCUUCCUCCUGCCGCUUCUACUUCUACUGGUGGUGGUAAGGGCAUGGGCAAAGUUACAGUGCUGGCAGUAGCUCACCCUGCACUCGCCGGUCUCGCGGAGCUGGAUUGUCAACGUCGGGCAGCAAAGGGCCAUGCCUUGGCAAUGACUGACCCUGAUGCCAACCCGGAUGUGGGCGCCCACCAAGAGACCUGGGCCGAUACGAAAGAUAUCCUGGACCGGAGCGAGGUGCUGACGGCAUUGGUGCGUUUGGGCUGGGUGGAUGUGGCCAACUCCAAGAUCGCCUAUGUCUUUGCAAACCCUGAGGCUCGGAAGUUGGUUGCUGGUGUUGAGCUUCACUGGAUCCCGGGAUACCAACAUGCUGCGAUUGACAGUUCGUUGCAUCUUUCUUUGUCUACGGCUUUCUUUGUCUACGGGGCCAGGGCAUCGCUUGGUCACACCAUGUCGUUUGUCAGGCUGGAGACUCUGAGGCUGCAUGGUAACUUUUUGAAUCCUUUGAUGCUGCCUGCUUGCGAGCUCGCCUGGAACAUGCUGGUUUCGCCGACUCUGGACCUCCCGGCCGACGCCCUCGAGCGCGCAGUUCGUGGUCGCAAUCCUGCUACGGUCGGUGGCAUUAGCUGUCGGGGCGGGGGAUCGCGGGGGGUCCGGGCCACCAGCGGCGGCGCAAGCGGGCGGCCACCGACCGCCGCCGACGGCUGCAAGAUGACCGAGCGCUGGUGCUGCAAGGCCUGUGUGGCUACCGUGCUCUUCAUUGCAAAGCCUUUGACGCUGCGCGUCGCCAGUCGUGAGGUUUGGGAGUUCAGGGCCUUUGGUUUGGAAGCUACACAUGGCCUGGGCAUUGACCUGCGCGGCAGUGAGUUAUACGAACUCACUAUUCGGCUUCUGGUGGGUCACAGUCUUUGCUUGGAGCAACGUUGCCGUCUUCGCUUCUUGUUUGAGCGUGCUUCCAAACGCACUGGUGGAGCGCGACUCUUGGCCUGCCUGUUUCUGGAAGGUUUGGAUACGCGAUGGUCGCCUUGUCUGCUCUCACCAUCGCCCGGGCGGGAUGUGGCUGAGGAUGCUGAAGAUGGUGCUGGGGAAAGUGCAAGGAAGAUGCUCAUCCGGCGAGGGCGCCGUGCUGAGAGGCGAGGACACAGGCUGCAUCUCAGCGCGGUCACAGCAAAGGGCGUGAAUGCCUACUCGGUCCACGUGGUUGUGGAGAUGCUGAAGUUCCUGGGGAGACAACGCCUCAUCCUGAUGACCGAUGGUGAGCCUGCAAUCCGCGCUUUGGCGGAAGCUGCAGCAAGGGAGAUCGGCGGCGGCGCAGGUGCUCAACACCAACAUGCUCAUAAGGAGACGCACAGGCAAACCAACGGUGCAGCUGAGAGAGCUGUCCUAGAGGUGGCCCGACAAGUCAGGACACUAGUGCAUGCUCUGGAGAGCAAGUACCCCGAACUUCACACCACAAAUGAGGUGGACCUGUGCCCGUGGUUGGUUCGCCAUGCUGGGUGGCUGCUCACGAGGUACUUAGUGAAAGCGGAUGGUUGUGGAAACAUUCGAAACCGUGCAGUACAAGAUCGACCGCGACCAGCCGUGGAAAGCUCGAUCCACAAACCUCCAUUGGGGUAUGGCCGGGCCUCAGAGUGCAAGGAACGCUCCAACAAGCUGUAUCCUCGGACAACGCCGUCCGUGGAAAAGGACAAAUGGAGGUUGAUGCAGAAAGCGCCGCUCAACAAGAGCAUUCCGCAGGAUCCUCAAGAGACGCGGGAGGUCCUUCUCCUAGCACACCUGCGAGUGAACCGAGCAAGAGCUCCAGACCCAGUCGCACUCAGGCCAAAAGGAGAAACAGCACUAGCACACAGGACCCAGCGCCAAGAUUGCAAGGAAGAGAGGAAGGGCCGCGAGAAAAGAGCUGCCGAGCUAUCCUUGGAGGAGGCCAUCGAGCAGGAUGUGACGCUCGAAGAGCUGCUGGGGUCCCUUCCUACUCUUCACGAGAUUCCGCUGGUUGCUAGGUACCCUGAAGCAGGUACUGUGACUGAGGCCUUCGACGAGAGAACUGGUGAGGAGCUCCCCUUGGAGACGGUUAAGCGUGCCAGAGGCCGCGAGCUGGACAAGAUGCUGGAGCAAAGCGUCAAGCAACACAGCACCUGGGAGGAAGCUCGAAAGAGAAAGCUCAAGAUCGUUAAGUCUCGGUGGGUGGACGGCUGGAAGGCCUUGCCAGGCGAUUCCCAAGGGGUCAGGUCGAGAUGCGUCGCCCAGGAGGUUAACAAUUACCAACGUGAGGACGUGAGUUCUGGAACGCCACCUUGCAAAGCCCACCGUAUGGUGCUUGCGCAUGCAGCUAGAAGGCGCCAAAAUGAAGCUGAAAACAGAAAGCUGGUUGGCCGCUACGAUGUGAGCGUUGCUUUCUUGCACGCUGAAGCGACAGGGAAGAUAGCUGUGCUCCCGCCAAAGGAUGUCGAUGAAGGGCAUUUUUGGUAUUUGCUUAUGGCAAUGGAAUGGGACGAGGGAAGCCUCAAAGCAAUGGUCAAUCAAGAUUGCUCAGACGAAGAAGAAGAAGCACGGCUUCUUGGAAGUAGCAAGUGUUACUGCCUCGCAUAUGACCGGCGCACUGCGCUGGACAAUGCACACCCAAAAGGCGACCAUUUGCAUCGAAAGAUCAAUUGGAGCCCGAAGGGCUACACGUGGGAAGCAGAUGGUAAGUAUGUUGAGUUUUUGGCAUUUGGUCUAGGCCUCAGCAACGCCAAAGGUGUGGACACACCCGCAAGCAAGGAUUGUGGAAAAUCCGAUCGUGAUGCCGGGAAGGAGCUAGAUUCUGAGGAGUCCACUGUGUUCCGCAAAUUGGCGGGCACCGCGCUGUACCUGUCCUUGGACAGGCCAACGAUACAGUUUGCGGUGAGUGAUGCGCCCAUGGAGCUGGCAGUGUACACGGACUCAGACUGGGCAAGCGACACUCGAACCCGCAAAACCAUGAGCUGCUAUGUGGAGAUGUUCGGGAAGCACAUGAUUGAAUCAUCGUGCGCUCGGCAGGCCGCUGUGGCGCUAAGCUCCGGGGAGGCGCAGUAUUACGCCCUUACUCGAGGAGUGGCUGCUGGGAUUAUGUCGCAGCAGAUCUGGGAGAUUAUCCAGAAGGGAACCACCGCAGCCCGACGGAUCGCCCACCGCAAGGGCUGUGGAAAGGUGAAGCAUCUUUCCAUCCGGGAGAUUUGGCUGCAGGACUUCGUUCAGGAAGGCAAAGUAAAGGUCGUGAAGGAACCAACUGCGACUAACAUCGCGGACGUUGGUCCAAAGCUCUUUCCGGAGCCCGUGUGGCUCGUCAAGAUGAUGCCGCGGGGAGAGGGCAUCCCGCCUGACCAGCAGCGCCUCAUCUUCGCUGGAAAGCAGCUGGAAGACGGGCGUACGUUGUCAGACUACAACAUCCAGAAAGAGAGCACCUUGCACUUGGUGCUGCGCCUUCGUGGUGGCAUGCAGAUCUUCGUCAAGACGUUGACCGGCAAGACCAUCACUCUUGACGUUGAGGCCUCAGACACGAUCGAUAAUGUGAAGGCCAAGAUUCAAGACAAGGAGGGCAUCCCGCCUGACCAGCAGCGCCUCAUCUUCGCUGGCAAGCAGCUGGAAGACGGGCGUACGUUGUCAGACUACAACAUCCAGAAAGAGAGCACCUUGCACUUGGUGCUGCGCCUCCGUGGUGGCAUGCAGAUCUUCGUCAAGACGUUGACUGGCAAGACCAUCACCCUGGACGUCGAGGCCUCCGACACAAUCGACAAUGUAAAAGCCAAGAUGGUGCUUGGUUUCCUUUCUCAAAGUGUUCGUAUUACUGUUCCGGUCACAUCGAAAGGCAGGGAGGGCAUCCCGCCUGACCAGCAGCGCCUCAUCUUCGCUGGAAAGCAGCUGGAAGACGGGCGUACAUUGUCGGAUUACAACAGCGCGCAUGAGGCCACCUCCACGUGGUGCGCGUGGGCACCGUUGGCUACGCUGAUGGUGUGCAGAGGUCUCCUAGCUACGCUUCUUCUUCUGAUGAUUGGUCUGGGGCGACCGGUCAUUCGAGAGGAGACCUAUGUGACAAGGCUCCGGGCCUUGACUUUCGGCUUCUACUUUGUGGACGCCGUUUCCAUGGCAAUGAUGAGAUGGCUGUCUGGGCUAUGGCGGCACCUGGAGGUUUUUCUUUGGGGAGCUUUGGCCCAGCAUGACAUUUUUCAAAUGACGGCUUUGAGGCUUCAUCGCAGACGGCGUCAUGGGCGACCUCGACUGCGGCGGAAGCACCAGUUUGUUGGCUGGCGGCCAAAUGGGGUUCCGAUUGGCUGCUGGGGACCGGGAGUUCACAAGAGGACACCCGGCCAUGCGGCGCCCGUGGACGCGAUGGAAGAGACGGCGUCUUCGGCGGCAUCGGUGGUUCUUGCUUCGAUGCCCUUCGCUGCCAAGGACCCAGAAGAAACAACAAGAGCAUUGAGUGCCGAUACAAGAGCCGUAGGGGCCAAGGUUUGGGGUUUCGAGGUGCAGGUUCAGGCAUCGCGGCAGAAGGCGAGGGUGACUUCCACGAACGGUGAGGCGGAGUGCAUGCCUGUUGCAAUGGGUUCCGGGCUUGCUUCCGCUCCCACGGGGACACGAGAUGCAAGAUGCGCUUAUGGGCCGAUUUACGGCUGCAAUGGUUUUGCUUCUAUCGAUUCGCACGGCAUUGCCCUGACCCGUGUACAGCGCCCUCCACAACAGGAGGACGAUCAGGACGCUGCUGGAGAACGAGGAGAUGGACGUGCCGCGGGGUUUAGCGACUCUGCUUUUGGCGCUUUUAGUUUUGGUUUUGGGAGCACGGCCGCCACUACGGCUGCUGACUUUCCUUUGCUACGUGGAGGAAGCAAGCUCCUGCUGGGCCUCCAGCAAGUUUUGCAGGAGGUUGAUGGCGACGACGAAGAGGAAGAGGACAGCAAUGAUGCAUGGUUGCGUGCUGCACUGGUUCGGUUGGUUGAGCGCCAGCCCAAGAACCUGUUACAGGAACUCAAGAGCUUGGUGAAACAGGCCGGUCGGCGAGUACAUCGCGCGAUGGACGAGGACUACGGCGGCUACGAGGGUGACUGGCAUGAGCAUUGGCAUGAGCAAGCCGACGUUGGCGAGAACUACGUUGCAUAUGGCUGGACCCAACAGCAGUCGCCUACUUUAGGUGAUGAGUGGUGGACCGGCUGGCAGCAGGAUGCAUCUGGUUGGUGGUUUGACACAGGCGGCCAAAGGGCUGCAUCAGCAUGGGCGCGCGACGAGUGGGAAGACUGGAGCAAGGAUGUCAAUGGUAGGUGGGCUCCCGCUGGCUCCUCCUGGCCUUCCUCAGCCAGGACCGUGCUUUACUCGCAAGCUGCAUCUUCGACGGCGGCUCCUUCUCCGGCCAGGCAUGAUGCCAGGACCAAGAAAGUCACAGAAAACGAGUGGCAGGUCGUGCAAUCCAGGCGCCAGCAGCGUCAGCAGAAGGCGCUUGAUGCGACGCGCAGCUGGCAUGUGCAACAGGGCGCAUGGGCACCGCCCGCAGGUCAUGCGAUCGGUCACGUCACCAACGCGCAGGAUUUGGGACAUCAGCUCGACGUCUCCUCCGGCGUGGCUUGGGUCAUGGAAACUGACGACGUGGACGAGGUUCGUAUGGCCGUGGGCAUGGUGGAGGGAGCCAUCAAGGAUGAGGAUAGGCAAUCGCUCCGAGUCGUUUUCAAAGGCGAUGGCAAACAGCUCGAGGAGGCUGGCAUCGCGUUUGGGUGGAUGACGGUGCCAGGUAUGGUCAACGGCGCGCUGCGGCUUCGAAAGUGGCCGGUGGCUUCAGCUGGAUCCGAGAAAACCCUUGCGAAUCUCAUCACAAAGACUGCGGAAACCAUUGUGGUUCAGAGGCCACCGCCCAGCAUUCGGGAGAGGCGUGCUUCUACCUUUGUGGUUCGAUGUGAAUGUGACCGCAAGCUGGCGCCCAUCGCUUGGAAACAUGCGUUGGCACGCCCAGCAACGGUGGUGCGCCAGUGGGCGCGCGCGGUGGGCAUCAAGCAAGCCGACAUCCUGGACACGUUCAGUCCCAAGCGGGUGGGCCAGGAUCGGGUGGUAGUCAUGCUGCGCGUGCUCACAACCGAGGCAGUGCAGGGUCUGGUUCGUGCGAGCGGGCGUUCUGGAGGUGAAGGGGCUCAGGCUUCUGUGUGGUUUGCGGACGUUCUUGGCGACAAGGCGCAGCUCAAGCUACCCGACAAGGUGCAGUGGAUCUCGUGGGAUUCUCAAGAGUCAUGGGAGGACUACGGGAGUCGUGUGCGCAAGCUCGCGGGCACUGAAGGAGUUGCCCUGGGCACCCACCAACUCGGGGUACGGAUGUGGGCUGAUGACAAGCGUUUUCAACCUCAGGAUUUGUUGCUGCAGCUCGGUUUCGUGGAGCCCGUCAUUGAGCAGAAAGUCCGAGGCAAGGGAGUGGAAUGGAUCUUCAAGGCGCGCCGCGAGGACUCGUUGGAUUCCAUUCAACGCAUGCUCGAUUGGGGCGGCGAUGGUGAAGACCUCAGCGAAGUGACCGUUGUCAAGGAAGCUCGUCGUCGACGCGGACUUGCUGCUACCGCGCUCCGCACGGAGCGUGUGGUCAACUUUACGGCUAAGCCUGCGGAUCGUCCAAAGCCACGGUCUCGUCCCGCAGCUUCUGGUCCCGUUCCAAAGCCCGCCACGCCCACCGUGGCUGCGAAGGCCUCUGCCACCACUGCUUUGCCUUCGAAUGCGCAAAUUGCCGUGAAUGACACUGCGACACCUUCUGAUGCCAAGAAGCGUGGAAGGGACGAAGCCGAAGCCACGGACUCCAUGGAAGUAGAGACUCCUGUGGAGUGGCGGCCGAGCACGGGGAGGGUGGUUGAGAACGUCGGCGAGGGCAACUGUCUUUGGCAUUGCCUGGCUGCCUUCUCCUCGACUCCCGCCGUUAAGCGAUCUCAUCGCCAGAUCCGGCAGUACACCGUGCAUUGCAUGCGUGAACGCUCUGAUGAGCUUCGCCCCAUUUGGGAAGCGAUGGGCAAGUUCAAUGAUGCUGGCAAGCCCUCCCAGUUUGAAUGGGAAGAUUACCUGAGUGAUCAGAACACGCAUGGACAGUGGUCUGGGGCGUUUGAGGUGGCGGCGUGGGCGGUGGCCACGAACCACCGCGUUUGGAUAACAACGGACACUGGCAAACUCCAUCUGAUCAAUCCCGACGUUGACUUGGAGAAUGCUUGGGUGGCCUUGCGCUACCGCACCGAAGGCCACUACGAGCUGUGGGCCGGAGCGCGCGAGGAAGAGUUUUGGGCUCGUGCCUGUGACCUCUCCGUUCAGGGACGUCAGCAGCUGGACGAGCUGCUCCGUGGAGGGGGGCACCAGGCCAGUGAUGACCACGGCGCCGGCGAUGAUGAGGAGCCGCAGUCAUGGGAAUGCGAUGCGCGGGUCCAGCAGAUGAAGGUUGAUGCUCUGCCGCAAGGGCCUACGCGACACGUGGCUACUCAUGUCAUUUGUCCUUUCCCACGGCGCAGUCGCGGUGACAAGGCGCCCUUGCGACUCAUUUGGGGUGGAUGCGCCAAGUGUGCCCGUCAGUUUGAGUACUUUGCUGCCAGUAUGACGCGCUGUUACCCCGAGGAAAGGGCCAAGCACCUGCGAGCCAAUGUCACGGUCUGGAAGAAGUACCGCGUUGACUCUGCGAGCCUUUGGUCUGAGCUGGUGCGAGCGUGGGGUCUCACCUCCGCUGAGGCGCUCAAGCUUGACCAGUGGGCCACCAAGCGUUUCCGCAAGGCCAUGGACGGAGUGCCACCCUUGACUACCUCGCUGUGGCAACGCGACCUCUGUGCUGAAAACAUUGAGCCUAACCCUGGCCCUUGUAGUUUAACGUAUCUCAACGUGAAUGGGCUUGCCGGCGCUUUUCGGGCGCUCCAGCGCCUGCCUUGCAGUAACUUGGAAGUCGUGUGCUUGGCUGAGACCCAAGCUAACCAGCGUCAACACCGGGACCUUCAGCAACGACUCGCUUCGCUUGGGUUCCGCUCCUUCGGGGUUCAAGGCCGCGUUGGCACGGAUGCGUCAGGCCGGGCCUUUGCGCGUGGCGGCCUCCUGGUGGCUGUCAAGGGCCACGUCAAGGCGAGAUGCGUGAACGUUCACUCUUCUGCCCGAGGCGAUAUGGUUGUAGUGGACUUCCUGGGUUUCUUCUUAGGGUUUGUUUGGCAGCGCGAGGCUGAGAUACCCCAAGGGGGCUUAGAUGACCAAGUGCUGUUGCUCAAAGGAUUGGCCGAGGAGCGCUUGGUGCCGUGGGCGGCAGUGGGGGAUUGGAACCAGAUUCCUACGUUGCAUCCCGCGGUUGCUUCGGACAGUCUUUCUUGGCAUGCUCCGCUUGAUGAUGUCGGUGUCCCAUUGCCUUCGAGGUUUGGUUACAUGCGCUGUAUCGACUACUUGGUGGGAGUUAUGGGUGGACCUUGGCACUCCUUCUGCCAUUCGCCACUGGUGCUCUCUGAUCACAAGGCCCUCUGCUUCGCCAUCGACUUCCCCAGCCUUGUCGAGGCCCCGUGCUACCUUAGGCCGACUGCGUGCUACAAGAAGCCUGCCCACCUCAGUGCGUGUCAAUGGAGCCAGCUCGUCAGCAAGUCUUGGCAGCUUCAGGUCCCUCCGGCCCCUGGGGGUAAUCCUGAUAGCGAGUGGCGCGCUUUCUGCGAUGUGCUUGAGACUACUUUGCAGGACGCCGCGCGCGAGGCAGGUCAUGCUAUUCACACAGGUGCCACUCGAGCCAAGGGCUCUACUCCGGUGUUGAUGAAGUCGGGCGAGUUUCGUCGUUUUACCUCUACUCCCACCUCGUUUCAAGAGCGCAAGUUAGAGAAGCUUCUGGGACGGCUCUACGAGCUUGAGCGCCAGGAGAGGCAAGGGCCGCCGGACCAUGGUCUUGCUGACGCUGUACACCGCACGUGGCCUAAGCACCUUGGGCGGUUUGGUGGUUGCGCGGAGGCCAUACGUGUGGUGCGCGCCAAGCUCCAACAGGUGCGUGACAGUGGCAUGCGGCAGCGCAUCUCUCACUGGCGCCAGAGGCUUGCCACAGGCGGUCGUGCGGCUUCGCGCUGGCUUGCCACUUCGCAAGUUGUUUCUCCCCACACCUUGCUGCCACCUGCUGCCAACCAGAAUGGUGGAGAGGCUCCGCUUCCUGCUUCCUCUGCCCCUGAGUGCUUGAAUGAGCUCCGCCGUUACUGGAACACGAUUUGGCAGCGACCCGGCACGCCCGAGGAGCUGGGGCGACUUCGAGAGGGGCGGCUCUCCAGGCCCCGCGGCCAACGCAUGGAAGGGGAUUGGCACAUUAGUCCUGAGUUGCUUGUGCAGCACUUGAAGGCUAAGCUGCAGGGCAGCGCCGGUGCCGACGGAUGGCGUGCGGACGAGCUUCUGGCCUUUCCGAUGGCUACCUGGCGGUGUUUUCUGGACCUGUGGCAUAGUUGGUGCCAGCAGGGUGCUUUUCCAAGCUGCUGGCGACACUCUCGGCAAAUCUUUUUGCCCAAGGCAGAAGUGCUGGAUGGCGCCCUUGAGGUGGACCGGAUGCGCCCUAUUUGCGUCCAGCCGGUGCUGUGCAGGGCCUUGUCUAGCUGCAUGGCACAGCUGUGCCGCGAAUGGGUGUUGACCAAGGUGGACGGUUGCACUUUCGGCGCUUUGCGUGGGCGCGGGGUGGAGGCCGCGGUGCUCCUGUUGGAUGCCGCGCUUGGCAAAGACAGCAUCAUGUUUUCGCUUGACUUCCGUAAGUGUUUCGAUAUGAUGUCGCCCGAGCCCGCCAUUGGCAUUUUGGAACACGAGGGCCUUCAUCCGCAGUGGGCCCGUCAUUUGCACUUCAUGUGGAUUGACCAGCAGCGAUGGCUCCAGCUUGGCGUUUGGACUGACUCCGACAGCACUUUGGUCCCCAACUCGGUGCCCCAGGGUUGCGCGAUGGCGCCUUUAGCGCUGGUUUGCCUGCUCGCAGAGGCUUCCAGGGACGUGCCCCGUGUUGCCGCCGAAGCCGGCUUCAGGCAAUGCAUCUUCAUUGACGACAGGACUUUUGUCACCAGUUCCGUGGCAGCUGCGCUGCGGGCCUGGCGAGGAUGGACAGGAUGGAGCCAUCGAUUGGGCUUGGCAGAGAAUGGCCAGAAGUUGUGUGUGCUGUGCACGCAUCCGCAAAAGCGUCACGAGCUUGUGCAAGGUGGAGUGCCAGUGCGUGCUUUGGCUGAAGAGGCGCGAGUCCUUGGAGUCGACUUCUCCCUGGGCUCCACGACGGCUACGGCCACCCGCGACCAGCGACUGCUUAAGGCUGCGGCCAUCCUGCAACGCUUGGCCAACCUGCCAGUUGGGCAGGCAACGAAGCGGCUCCUGUUUCGUACUCGAGCUUCCCCUCUUGCUUCUUGGGGAGCCUGGCUUUCCGCUGACCCGGUGCGCGAGAGUGCCAAACUCACCACUCAGCUCAAGAGGUGUUUAGGCCAGGUCAGUACCAUGGGUUCUAGGGACUUGUGGCUUCUUCUUGAGGGGCAUUGGAGUGCGCCGGCUUUCACGGCUGCGGUGUCGGCUACUGCUGCGUAUGGCCGCGCAAAGGCAUAUUGGGAUGCUCAGGGCUUGCAACUCCCUCCUGCGCGUUGGUUCCGUAGGGUUUCGGGUUUCUUUGGGGGCCUAGGCUUUAGACACGUCCUGCCUGACACUUGGAGUCAUCCGAUUGUCGGUGACUUUGUGAUGGCCGGGCCUCAACCCCGACAGUGGAUAGGGCGCACGGUCCAUCUCCUCAGAGAGUGUUGGCGCUACGCGCGCUUUGCUGCCUUUGUUGAGCACAAUCGCAGAGACUCACGUGCUUUGAGGGGUCAUGUCGUGUACGAUCCGCUGCAGGUCUCUGCGGCCAGGAAAAUGUAUCUGCAGGCCUCUGGGGACGAGAGGGCUGUCAUGCACGGCAGCGCUUUGAGCUCUGCUGUCUACGGUGUCAUGUCCGGCCAUGGCGCGCCGUCUACUUGCCGUUGGUGCCACUGCGCGGUGGUGCCUACGUGGGAACAUUUGGCGUGGCAUUGCGACCACUUCUCGUCUGGCAGGCCCCCGAGGCCUGAUGAUGCUCUUCGCCACCGGCUUGGUUGGCCUUCACGGUGUGCAGAUGCUUCGGCAUGGGCCUUGCUGCGCUUCUUAGCAGACAUUCGGCGUCAGGUGCUUGACUUCCAUGGGCCACCUCCGGUGGCUGCGCAUGGAGGUCGCUGA